UUGGAUUUGGGCAAAAUAGAAUUCUCUCUCUUUCUCCCUGUGACAAACGCAGCCCAGAUAGAAAACCCUGAGAUUUUUUUUUUUUUUUUUUUUUGAAUUUCCGUUGGAGAUUCGUAGCCGAUUUUAUAAUAAGCGACGACUCUGAGGUCGGAAUUUCGAGUUCGUUUUCGGAGUCGGAGCUUUUGGUUAUCGGAGGAACGGAAAGUCGGAGUUUGAAUCGGCGGUUUUUGGUUUCGUUUGCAUCGGUUUAGGGUUUCCGAAUCCGAAUUUGGGGCUCUACGGUCAUUUCCGGGGGGUCUUGUUGUGUUUCCGGCGACGGUUACUGAAUUCGGAAGCGUUUUUUUUUUUGGAUUCGAUUGAGGAGGUUUUGCGUGGGAGGUUUGGUUUGGGGUUCAAUGUGAAAUUAGGGUUCGUUGAAAUUGGGAGGUUGGAAUAUGAUAAUUAAGCGGCCGUCGAGAUUUGAAAUGCCGAAUUUGAAACGGUGUAAGCUGGAGGAGGCGGAAGCUAAAGCCUAUGCGUAUUCGGCGAAUCCGAAGAGGCGGAAAGCGAAUGGGUACUGCUCAGUUGGCAAUGGCGAGGGGGAGGAUUUGAGCAGCGGCUCCGGUUCGUCGGGAUACGACGAGUCGUUUUCGGCUGCGGUCGAGGUGGUGGAGUCGAAUUUGCAGCGGUUGAGUAAGCGGCGAGAAAUGAAUCGGAGGUCCGAGAAGUUGAGGAGGUCAGCUCGAGGACGGCCGCAAGUGCCGUCUUCGAGGUUUAACGGUUCAGGUGAGAAAAAGCAAGCGAAAUAUGUAGAUACAUAUACGGUUUUUGAAGAAGAAGAAUGUGAUGUUUUAGCAGCGGAGGACAGAGAAGGGAUUGAGAAAUUGGGUUUUGUUAAAAAGCGUAAGGAGGAUAUCAAUGGGUUUAAGAAGUUUAAGAAGUUCCAAUAUUGUGGGAAGGUAGAGCAAGAAGAAGUGGAUUAUUAUGAUGAUAUUGGUUACAGACAGUAUAUGGGUUUGAAAAAUUCGAUAGCCUCGAAACAGGGGAGAAAUUCUUUGCCAGAGGAAAGAAGUGAGGAAUAUGGAGCUGGGCUUAGUUUCGGCGGCAAGGAGAAAGUUAGCAAACCCGAUUGUGCAAAGAAGAAAGAAGUGUAUAAGCCGCAGGACUUUGCUUUGGGUGAUAUUGUUUGGGCUAAGUGUGGGAGGAGCUACCCAGUUUGGCCGGCGGUGGUUAUCGACCCCAUAUUGCAAGCUCCAGAAGCAGUGUUGAGCUGCUGUAUUCCUAACGCUAUCUGUGUCAUGUUCUUUGGGUUCUCAAAGAAUGGAACACAAAGGGAUUAUGGGUGGGUGAAGCAGGGAAUGAUAUAUCCGUUCAAGCAGUUCCUUGAGAGAUUUCGAGGACAGACCCAGUUGUACAGGAGUAAACCAAGCGAGCUCCAGAUGGCAAUAGAGGAGGCGGUGUUAGCAGAAAAUGGCUUUAUUUACGCAGCUUGUAAAACUACUGAUUCAGAGGCAAAUGCCCCUGAAAUCCAAGAGGCCACAGAUUUUUAUCAAGAUCAGGCAUAUUACAGUCAGAAUCUGAAUCAGGCAACAUAUCAGAAGGACACAAGACCUUGUGAUUGCUGUGGUUUGAUCACUCCAUCUAAAGCUAUGAAAAAAGUGAAGGGCUCAGGUUCUGAAACCCAAGUUUUAUGUAAACAUUGUGCCAAGUUGAAAAAAUCAAGACAAUAUUGUGGCAUAUGUAAGAAGAUAUGGCACCAUUCAGAUGGUGGAGAUUGGGUAUGCUGUGAUGGCUGUAAUGUUUGGGUGCAUGCUGAGUGUGACAAAAUUUCCAGUAAAGUUUUCAAGGACCCAGAGCACAUUGAUUACUAUUGUCCUGAUUGCAAAAAUAAGGCCAAAGGUGAAAUGUUAGAUGAGUUACAGUGUCAGCGAAAACACAGUUCUGGCCGGAAAUCUGUGACUGGCGUAACUGUGUCUGAGGUAACUGUGGUUUGUAAUGGCAUGGAAGGAACUUAUGUACCAAACCUUCAUAUGGUUGCUUGUAAGUGUGGACCCUGUGAUAAGUCAAAGAUGCAGAGCCUUGGUGAAUGGGAAAGGCACACAGGUUGUAGAGCAAAAAAAUGGAAGCAUAGUGUGAAAGUGAAGGCCACAAUGCUAACACUGGAACAAUGGAUUGCAGAGUAUAAUGAACAUGGCUUACAGCCUCUCAAAUUAGAUAAGCAGCGACUACUUGAUUCCUUACAAGAAAAGUAUGAGCCAGUUAAUGCAAAGUGGACAAGUGAAAGAUGUGCAGUUUGUAGAUGGGUUGAAGAUUGGGAAGAUAACAAAAUGAUCAUAUGCAACAGGUGUCAAAUAGCUGUGCACCAAGAAUGCUAUGGUGCAAAAGAUGUCCAGGAUUUUACUUCAUGGGUUUGUAGAGCAUGUGAAACACCUGAUGUCAUUAAAGAAUGUUGUCUCUGUCCUGUAAAAGGAGGUGCUUUGAAGCCCACUGAUGUUGACACCUUGUGGGUUCAUGUCUCUUGUGCUUGGUUUCGUCCCGAAGUAGGUUUCUUGAAUCAUGAGAAGAUGGAACCUGCUGUUGGAAUCCUUAGAAUCCCACCCACUACUUUUAUGAAGCGUUGCGUAAUUUGUACGCAGACUCAUGGUUCCUGCACCACAUGUUGCAAAUGUGCCACUCAUUUUCAUGCAACCUGUGCAUCAAGAGCAGGCUACAACAUGGAAUUGCACUGCCAAGAGAAGAAUGGGAAACAAGUAACAACGAAGAUGAUAUAUUGUGCUGUGCACAGGACCCCUAAUCCAGAUGCUGUUGUCGUUGUUCGUACUCCUUCGGGGGUUUUUGCUGCCAGAAGCUUGCUUCAAAACGAGAAAGGGUUCUUCAGGGGUUCGAGGGUGGUCUCAUCAAAGAGGACUGAAGUUCCAGAACCUUCAACCUCAGAGUCUGAUGAGUUAGAACCACUCUCUGCUGCAAGAUGCCGUGCUAUUAAAAGAUCAAAUUUUAAGGGAGGUGAGCGGCUACCAAUUUUUCAUCGACCAAGGGGACCAACACAUCAUUCAUUAGACUCAGUGAAUAGCUUGAGCACAUUUAUAGAAGUAGAAGAUUCUAAAAUUUUUUCUUCCUUCAAGGAUCGGCUUUACCACUUGCAGAAAACUGAAAAUCACCGGGUUUGUUUUGGUAAAUCUGGAAUACAUGGAUGGGGACUAUUUGCACGUAGGAAUAUUCAAGAAGGAGAAAUGGUUGUUGAGUAUCGUGGUGAGCGGGUAAGACGUAGUGUUGCAGAUCUUAGGGAAGCACGGUACAGGCUACAAGGCAAAGAUUGCUAUCUUUUCAAGAUCAGCGAGGAAGUAGUAAUUGAUGCUACAUAUAGAGGAAAUAUAGCACGGUUAAUUAACCAUUCGUGCACGCCCAAUUGCUAUUCAAGGAUCAUGAGUGUGGGUGAGGAGAACCGAAUAGUUCUCAUUGCCAAGACUAGUGUUUCGGCCGGUGAAGAACUAACGUACGAUUACUUGUUUGAGCCGGAUGAAUGUGACGAGGUGAGAGUUCCCUGUCUAUGUAAAGCUCCCAACUGUAGGAAAUUCUUGUGUUAGUUCACAGUUCACAGUUCACAGUUCAUACAUUUUUUGGUGCUCCCAUAUCAUCUCUGCACAGAACUCUGACCACUUCUAACCAUUGAGGAAACCCGUUCCCCCUGUUACAGAAAAGAAAGGAAAACUUUUCUCCUUGAGCUUGUAAUUCUUUUCAAUUUAUCUAGGGCAAUUCGUGUUGUAACCAUAUUAGAAUAAAAUGUAAUAUCAUUAUCACCUAGCUAUUUGGCUGGUGGCCUUUUUGCUUUUGUUUCUCUGUAAGUAAAAGAAUUUGACAGAUUGUUUUAUAAUCUCCAUACUGUAAUUGUAAUUGUUCCCAAGCCAAUUGAUCUACUAAUUUCAGUUUGUACAUA